ACAUAAAGGGAAAUAACUACAAAUGUUGGUUACUCAUGUAAACAGUAAUGUCUUCGAGUAAAGCGCCAACGGCAACGUCAGUGGGACCAAAGUUAACUUUAGUUGACUAUGAAGUCUUUGGAACUGUCCAAGGUGUUUUCUUCAGAAAGUAUACGAAGAAAAUGGCAGACAAGCUCUAUCUGUCUGGAUGGGUGAAGAAUACAGAUAGGAAGACGGUUAUGGGACAACUUCAAGGACCAGAAGAGAAGAUCACUGUAAUGAAAAAUUGGCUCAAGACAGAGGGAAGUCCAAGAUCAAAAAUUAGAAGAUGUAUAUUUAAAAAUGAAUACAAGUUGGAUGCACCAUUGUUUCAUGAGUUUCGAAUCGUACUGAAGUAACUGCACUGAAGUAUAGAUAUAUCAUCAUCAUCAUUUUGAAAUGUGUUGUGUCCAUCAUAUAAUGACUAAAAAUUUAACAAAACUAUUUUCUUUGGAUGGAAUGAGAAUAUAUCGGAGAGUCUGCGUUGUGACAUGUUGUUUGAAGACAUUCUGUGAUAGUUUGUGUUUGUCUCCAUUAUUACCGGGAUGUACAUUGUCCACAGGUAUUAGUACAAUCCCCUCCCCACUCCCCGGUAUCCAGAAUUGGAACAGUGAUAUUGCCGUCCUCAUUUUUGUUUCAACUUAUUAUUUAUUAGACAUCGUUCUAAAAAAAAAGAAGAGGAAUUAUAUGGAUUUUUUUCAAGUUACACCAAUGAUCUAAAUUGUCAGUAUUUUACCGGAUUAAGACAAUCUGUGUACCAAUUUUCCAUGACCUAUUUCACAAUUUUCAUCAUCAUUGGUUUCACUGUAUAAAAUAGUGUCAUGUACGACAUUAUGACUCAAGUUUCUUAACAAACCGAUUUAAAUAUUAUUUAAAUAUUCAUAAUAUGUGCUAUUGUUUCUCAUGCUAUACAUAUUACAUGUAUGUUAAUGUUGUUUCUUUGUAUGUAUGUAUGUAUGUAUGUAUGUAUAAUAUCAUGUAUAGAUUAGAGAGGGCCUCAUGGGAGACCAGUCACCUUGUACUGAAUGUGUUUACCCUCUGAAAAUAAAGAAUUUUAUUAUUAUUAUGACGUGAUCACCUGGCAAGGCACAUGUCACUGGGUAGUAAUGUUGGCAAAUGACAAACCUGUAUUUAUUAUAUAAAACUGAUAAAUGUAUUGAGGUAAACAUUAAUAAUACGCAA